AGUUGACUUGUAUUUUGAUUAAACGUAACUUUGGCUUGAAUCGAAUCCCACAGUAAUGGGUGGGCUUUAGAUUUUCUUGCCAGGAAAUAUUUUUACAGAUGAAUGUAGUUUUUGUCAAAUGGCCCGUAAAUGUGUUGCUCUUGCUAAGUAAAGAAUGGUCUCGAGUUGACAGAGCUCUCUAGAAGGGAACGAACAGGUGCUAUAUCUGGCACCUGAGCUUUCUAGAAGGGAAGGCACAUGUGCUAUAUCUGGCACCAGCAGCCCCACAACGGGCCGCUCAAAUAACAAACUGCAGGAGCAGCAGAAGAAGCAGCAAGCAGCGCGUGAGAGAGAGACUGCAAAUGACCGAAACAGAGAGAGCUGGUCCUGUGACCAAGGGUAAACCAGUGGCCUUCCGGUCUCAAAAAGAGAUGUUUGAGAAGAUGGAGGAAUCUUUUAAAAUCUGCGCAUGUUGCGAGAAGCGGCCAAAUCAACUCUCAAACCCACAGAGCCUGAAACGUUGCGCCAGAUGUCUAAAUGUUUACUACUGCCAUAAAGAUUGUCAGAAGGACGACUGGCCAAAGCACAAGAAGUUCUGCUCACAGCUUCGUCUAGCUGCCAUUGACAGAGUUGUGGAAUGGCUUUUAUUCAAAGAAGACCUUCCAUUCCCUACUGAAAAAUGGUCAAAGCCCCAGUCAGAGGUUAAAGGCUGGGAUGACUGGCUUGCGAUGCAGGGAGAUCUCACAGCUCGCCUUGAUCCCAUUUUAAAUGGAGCAAACAUGAAAGAAUUGUGGACCAACGCUGGCAGGACUCAGCCUGACGAUGAGGACCUGAAGCAGAGUUUGUGGAGAGUUUGUAGUGAGUUCUUCUCCCGUCCGCUGACCAUAGCCUGGGGGAUGAGGCUAUUUGGCCUUAACCCUUUUUCCAAACCUCUCACCAUUCACCUGGUGGGUGCGGGCCCUAGUGAGACUCUGGCUGCCAGACUCACUGACUAUGAUGAGCUAAACAACAUGUUUCCUGGACACCAGGGUAUCGAGAUAGUCACGGUGGGACCAGAGGUGGUGGACGGCCCCAUCGUGAGGCCUCCUCUCAGGGCAUUUGGCCCCAAGCAGAGGGUCUACAUCAGCGCCCACAAGGGCCUCUACCACCAGUUCUGGGAGGAUGUGGUGGAGAAAGAAGAAGCAGCUAAGCCAGACCUGGUGGUUGGAUUUCAUCCUGGAUUUGAUGCCAGUCAGGGCCUGGACGAUGGCUGGCUUCCAACACUGCUGCUCCUCAGGGAUUAUGAGAUUCCUUCCCUUUUCACUGCUCUCAAUGAGACUGAGAUGACCUACUCCCUGCAGAUCCUGCUGGAGUUGGAGAUGAACAUGAAGGGAAGUGGAGCCAACCCCUUCGCGUCGCUGAAACCAGAAGUGGUGGGCUCGUGUCUCAACAAGCCUCCUGUCUACUGCAACUCCCACUACUUCUGUUUCCAGGGUCUUCUGGAGACGGUGGAGUUUGAGGAACCAGAGGAGGCCUGAAAGAGCUGGAACUCGUUUUUUAUUUUUUUAUUUUCUUUCUGGGGACUAUGAAGCAUUGUUUUUACAGGCAGUUUUUUUAAUUCAUUAUGGAGUCUUGUAAUAAUAUUUUAAAAAUAGUGUAAAUAUCUGUAUGUAUUAUUGUUAACAUGUCAGUACCAUUUGACUUUGGUAGUAGCUAUGAUAUGCCAUUUGCAUUCACUAUCUGAGUUUCAAUGGCCUGUAACUGCCAGAGUUGUGGGAUUUGAAUAUACUGUCUGAACUAUUGUUGCAUUAGCAGAGAGGCAAUAAAACGUUGUAGAAAUAGUCAAAUGUUAAGUCUAUAAUAAAACAUUUUAAAUGAUCAAAUA